AUAAUUUAUACUAUAAUAGCACUCUCAUAUGUGUCGGCAUGCAUACGGGUCCAUAAAGCCACAGGCUCGGAGCCCUCUUUGUUUUUUUCUCACGAAGCGCUCUGCCUCUCUCCUCUGUGCCUGCCCCGAAACCUGUUUCUGUCGCCAUUACAGCUCUCUUCAAACUUCUGAUAUAUCAUAUCAGGAUUGAAAGAAGAACAUCCAAAGAGAGAGGGCCUAAGAUUAAGCCUAAGCCCAAUAACCAACUCGAGCUCUGGAACAAUUACAAUGGCAGAAGAGAGCUGGAACCGGGGCACAGAGGAAUGCCAAGCCCCAGAAGGCCACCGCCUCUGUGCCAACAACUGUGGCUUCUUUGGCAGCCCUGCCACCCUGAACCUCUGCUCCAAGUUCAAGGAAGACCAGGCCAACUCUGCCAAAGCAGCAGUCGAGAAAUCGCUGAACCCGAACAAUAAUCCCUCUGUCUCCUCUUCCUCUGUCUCUGCGUCAGUACCUGAGCUUCUCGACAAUCACCAGAAGCCAGCUACUGUUUCAUCCAACUCUUCUGCCGAUUCUAACGCCUCAGUUUUGUCAUCGUCUUCUUCUCUUCAGAGCGGACCGCAGACUGCUACGCCCAACAGACGCUCUUGCUGCCAGAGGGUGGGAUUGACAUGGUUCAAGUGCAGGUGCGGGAUCACAUUUUGCUCGACACAUCGGUACCCAGAGCAGCAUGCCUUUGAUUUCAAAGCUGCCGAGAGGGAAGCGAUCGCCACGGCUAACCCCGUGGCGAAGGCCAAAAAGCUCAACAAAAUAUGAAGCAGAGAAGAUGGAGAAGUUAAUCUGGGGGUAGGAGAUUAUAGAAGACCAAAUGAACUGCUACUUGGGGUGCUAUGAUUAAUUUUAUUUUUAAUGGAAAUAUGGGGUGAGAUGGUUGUAGUGGAAGUGGGUUGUAAAGUAAUGUGAUGGAUGAUAGUGAAAGAGGUGCAAGUUUUUACUUCAAAAAAAAAAAUAUAUAUAUAUAUAUAUGUGCGCAUACGUGGGAUCAUAUUAAUUAUAGGAAUUAGUGGAUUUACGUGCAGUGUAUACAUCGACAUGCAAGGAGAGAGAGAAUAAUAACGAAACCAAAUAUUGGGUAGACAAUAGGUUUGGCUCAAAGGCUCAUUUUGCCUUAAACCCAAAUACCUAUGAAAAUUGGCACCACCCAAUGGGUGCAAUCCAAUUAGCCAGUUGACAAUAAAUUUUUUUAAUAUCGAAUAGUUCCUACUUUAAUAGCACAAUUAUAAAUGUAAUAAUCAUGGGAUCAUUGGCCUUACGGGAACCAGUGGAUUUACAUGCAUCGUACAUAUAGAUAAGUCAGAGAUAGAAUAAUAACCAAAUAUCCCAAGACCAGAAAUUGUUAGACAAAUCUUAUAUAAAAGAACAAUAAAUUUUCAAAUAUAACAAAAGAGAGAGAAAAUUUAUAAUUAAUAAGAAUGCCAGGAAAUUUUGAGU